GCUUGCACUGGCAUUGACGACAUUGCAGAGGCAAUCACGCUCUUAGAACUCAAUAAUUGGGAUUUAGUGGUAAGUUCAAACAUCAGUAGGUCAUACGAACCAGAUUAAAUGUUCUUCUUUUAAAUUGGUAGUAUAUUAUCUAUUUAUUUUGCUAUUCAAAUUAUGUUGAACAACCUGGCCAGCGUAGCGACUAUAGCCUUUAGUGUUGCACGUACCCUUGAGUAAUGUGAGUUAUAGGUUUAUAUUUAAAAAAUAUAUAUAUAUAUUUCAGUAUGUGCUUUACAGUGAUAUUACUGUUAUGUUGUAGUUUCUAGAAUAUUAUGCCUGCAUUUUUGUUGUUAGUUCAAUCAAUUAAAUGCAAAUCAUUGAUUUUGCAGUUGGAAAGCUAUGUAGGCUAAUGUCUAGUGAUAGUCCACUUACUCUAUGCAAACAUACAUUUUAUCAAAUGUAGAGCUAUUUAUAUAAAAUGAUGGCCUAGGUAGGCCUAAUUCACAAUUCUCUACUCAUGACAUCCACAAAGGCUUAGUCUACAUGGUGAACCUGACUAAAUCAAAUCAUGCUACAGUACAACUGAGCACUGGCACUGCUGCUUUCUAGUUACCACAAAGACCAGGGAAGUUUUUCCAAUGCCUCGCAAAGGGCACCUAUUGGUAGAUGAGUAAAAAUAAAAAUAAAGCAGACAUUGAAUAUCCCUUUGCGCAUGGUGAAGUUAUUAAAACAUGCAUCCUGUUUGCAACAAGGCACUAAAAUAAUACUGCAAAAAAAUUGUCAAAGCAAGUAACUUUGACAAAGCCUUAUGAUUUUGCCCAAAUCCAAUACAACGCAUUACUGAGUACCACUCUCCAUAUUUUCAAGCAUAGUGGUGGCUGCAUCAUGUUAUGGGUAUGCUUGUAAUCGUUAAGUACUGCGUAGUUUUUCAGGAUAAAAAAGAAAUGUAAUGGAGCUAAGCACAGGCAAAAUCCUAGAGUAAAACCUGGUUCAGUCUGCGUUCCACCAGACACUGGGAGAUAAAUUCACCUUUCAGCAGGACAAUAACCUAAAACACAAGACCAAAUCUACACUGAAGUUGCUUACCAAGAAGACAGUGAAUGUUCCUGAGUGGCCGAGUUAUAGUUUUGAUUUAAAUUUGCUUGAAAAUCUGUGGCAACUAACUUGACAGCAGUUGAAGAAUUUUGAAAAUUAUAAUGGGGAAAUAUUGUACAAUCUGGUGCGUAAGGCUCUGAUUUUACCCAGAAAGACUCCCACCUGUAAUGGCUGCCAAAGGGGUGUGAAUACUUAUGUAAAUGAGAUAUUUCUGUAUGUCAUUUUCAAUAAUUUUGGUAAAAUGUCUAAAAACAUGUUUUCACUUUAAUUAUUGGGUAUUGUCUGUGAAAUGGAUGGGUAAAAAUAUAUUUGAUCCAUUUUGAAUUCGGUGUAUGCACUGCAAGUACCGUAACAUUUAAAUGGUUUUUUUCCGUUUUGAAUUAUAUUUGCGUCAAGUGACUCACAGCCACACGCAUGGCUGCAAAAGGUUGCAUUUGAAAUUCAAAUCCGUCAUUCUAUUGGCAGGAACUGGCAGUAGACUGUUAAGGGAACAUUUUACUGUAGGUUAUCAGGAUUUGAAGUUGGAACACGCAUGCUUCCAGGAAUGUAAUAAGUUGCAACACAUUUUAUUCCAUGGUCUUUUCUCUCUUUACAGGCGGCCAUCAAUGGUGUGAUACCACAAGAGAAUGGGAUCUUGCAAAGGUAAUAUGCCAGAAAUGACUGUUGCCUCUUCAGAAGAGUCAAUUAAGUGUUCACUGUGCAAAUUUUGUCAGUUGGCUUUGGUCAGAUUUGUGAGGAAUGGAUAAUAAAAUGUAGCCGGUUUCCUAAACAUCCACCCCACUGCACUAAUGUUGAGACCAUAUUGCAUGAAGUCAAUGAUGACUUACGCCAAAAUAGGAGAAACAACUUUUACUGGAGGCAAGUAUAGUGCCACAGUUAAAUCCAUACGCAAAAACGGAACAGUAUGUCAGCUAUUGCUCAUGCCUCAACGUUUCAAUAUUAACCUAACUGUGUCCUGUUCUUACUCACUUGAAAUAUCUGCAUAAAUGGAAAUCAUGGCCAGCAGCUUCAAACUACCAUUGAACACGCUCUUCAUGUACUUUCUGUAAGCACAGGUACGGGCAAUGCCUUGAAAACCUUGUUUUGCUGAACUGAAUAUAGAACAGUACAUCAUUUGUAUGAACUUCUGCUAGAGAUUAUAGAAAUGUCAUAGUAUCUGGUAUCACUCACAGUGAAAGCACAUUUUAGAGAAGUGGUGGUUACUUUUUCAUGCUCCUGUAAAAUAAAAUUGUUCUCUUCUCAAAAAAGCAUAUUUUCAUCAUUUUAUAAUGUGCAGCUUUGGUCCAUCGUCUAUGUGUAGGCCUAGAUGUUUAAAAAAAAGUAAUAAAUAGCUUUUUUUUGUUUGUUUUUUUGUUGUAAAGCUGCAAUAGGCCUAACCUUAGUGUGGCCUGAUGAGGAUUGCUGCGUGAUGUAGAUUCAGGACACGUAGUAAACCGCAACAUCAGUUUAAUGAUUGCUUUCACAAGCGCACUUGACCUCUUGAAGAUGUAGCUCUGUUUCUUGUACAAAGCCUGUUGAGUAGGCACAAACUGUGACAAAUGGAGGAACAACAAGGAAACAAUUGUGAUCAUCAGUGCAGGAAAUUGAGGCUUUGGAUCUCAUUUCCCCAGGAAGCUCAGUUUCAUGUUAACUCAGUCAAGAUUUCAACACCAAUGUAGCCGGAAAUCAAGCAACCAGAUUUCUAGCCCAAAGCUGGGCAAUAUCAGGUGAAAGACUAGUAUUUCUGGUGGUGGUUAUAGUUUGAGAUGAUAUUCAAGGUAGAGAGAUUGUAGGCGUGUUAUUGCUUUGAAUUACUGAAUUUCAAUGGUAGGGAGAAAAAUGGAACAGACUGUAAGCUGUGAUAGUAUUUGAUAUGUUAUUUUAGUAUACAGUUGUAGGUAUCAACAUAAUCAAAAUAGUGUUUUGGGAAAGAGGAUAAAUCCAGAAAAAAAGAGAUCUUGCCAAAAGCUGGAAUUAAGAGUGUUACUAACUGAGAAAAGCCUCUAAGAGGCAUUGUGCACGAAGUUUUUGCUCAACGGUCAGUCAGCACUCAUGAAUACACUGAGCUGAAGAACAAAUACAUUCAGGCUGGGCACAUUCUGUUAAACGGUUUAUUUUGCAAGUUUCUUAAGACUUUGGGCAUGAGAACAUGGUUUUCUUAAGGGCACACAAUUAUGAAUGGAGCCUGGCAGCGUGACUUGCAGCCAGCCCGUAUACUAAGUAGCUGGCACCAGGCUGCUCUCGUAGGAUGGCACUCCUCCACAGUAAACGGCUCCAUUGAGGUGACCAGAGCCAGCUGGAGGCUUGCUCUCAGCCACAAAGCCAUAUCCUGCUCCACAUUGAAUAGGUGGAGAGUGCCAUCUAGAUGUAUGACAUGGAACAGCCGUUUUAUUUUAAACACUCCUGACUGUAAACGAUCCUUAGUAUCAAUGUGCCAAAUUUGUAGUGACGUGAAAUUACGAUACUUGUUGUAAUCUGAACCUUCCAUCACAUUCCAAGUGAAAUGUGUAGCAUACUGUCCAUGGUGAAUUUUGACCUCAUUUUUGUCACGCCAUAUAUAUAUUUAGUCAUUGGUUGUGUCUACGUGUGUGAUGAAGUUAGAAGCUUCACAAUGAAUUAGGCCUAUAAUGUGAUAGAUGGGCCGGUCUCAAAAACACCAACAUCUUCUAUGAUGGAUAUGUAUGAUAAUAAUAAGUUAGUUCUGCACCAAGGUUGAAACUGAAGUAUCUGUGCACUGGUUUUCUCAUUUGUGUAGCUACAGGAAGUGUUCAUUCGCGCUAUUUCCAGUUUCAGUUUUAAACAUUUACUAGGUAAUGGUGGAUUACCUCAAACUGUCAAUGUGAACGGUUUGCUGAUGUAGGGCUGGCAAUAUAUCGAAUUUGAUUAAUUCGAAUGUAUGUUUUUGCGCGAUAUUCCAAAUGCCUGUAUCGCAAAAAUCUAGGUUUUGUUAUUUUUCUUUUUAUGAUCGUUUAUGUCAGCUUGUUCUCAUGUUGUGAGCUUGGUCUCGUCUUCUUUGGUUAGGGCACCUUCCGAUUUACACCAGAGAUCUGUAUAUGAUGACGAGAUGCACGUCUCCGCCCUAACCAUGCUAGUCGGGAAAUAAGCCCAUAGAAAUACAUUAUGCAUGAUGUGUCACACUGCAUGAGGCGAAUUGUGGUCACACCAGAUACUGACUUGUUUUCUGAUCCAUGCCUCUAUCUCUCUGCUCUUCCACCUAUGAUGGUAUGCCUAAUUUCUGGCUGUGGGUAACUCAAAGCCUGACCUAUGUCUUCUGUUUUAUGGUAUGAUGACUGUUGUUUUUAUGCCUUAUGAUGUUAUGAUGGAACAUUGGAGUUCUUUCUGUGACAAUUUUAUGUGGCCUCAGAAUCCCAACGUCUUUAACCUUUUGGUAUUGUAAUCAGGUGGGAUAAAUACAGCCUUUGUGCAAGGCCUUGGCACCCUGCUCCCCCUCCAAGCGCGAUAUGUGCUGACCCCAGAGGAAGAGAGAAGCGUCUUUGUCUGGGUUGGGAGAGAGAAAAUACAUUAUUUACUGCCAUGUGGGACUGGGGCUCAGGGGAAUUCAGGCCCUAGACAUAGAGGCCCUAGGGAGAGAGGCUGAAAAAAAAGACUUUUUUGCACUGUGGCAGACAAUUCAAUGUCUGUUGGGCCCAGCCCAUAUUAUCCAUGGUGUGAAGGCUGUUUACACUGACUCAGAAACUGUUUGUAUUGCUGCUGAGUGGCCGUCCGUCGUUGCCUCAGAAUUUUUUUUUUUUUGGAGGGGGGCGUGCUCUGAUUUCGUGGUCUUAUCCGUGGUAUUUUCUAAGAAUAACAUUGUAUUUUGGUGGUUGAAACAAAAGGAAAGAAAGACUGUAAACAAUUCAAUUAUGCUCUCUGUGUUGCUCUACAUCAGUGGGAUUCAAAGUUGUGGUUGCGACCUCACUAGGGAAUGGCAGUGGGGUUGCCAUUCAUAUAAUAAGAAUUAACCAACAUUUAUUUUUGUAUGAUUUUUUUGUUCCCCAAUUUUUCUUUGGACUCCAGAUUAUUUUAUGUGAAAUGGGAUACAAAUGUAAUUGAAAAAUAAUUUUAAGGUUGUCAUUAGAUUUGUGGUGGGUUGCCAGAAAUUCUGGUGGGGGAAAAAUAUGGGUUCCCUGCUGGAAAAGUUUUUUAAUAACACUGCUCUACAUGAUGCUUCCUCUUCGUCUGACCCUUUGCUAACUGUCACAGUAACUUCUCCAGCGUGGCUUCCCAGGCCAACAUCUAUGGACCUCACAGCCACGCAGAGGCAGCAGCGGCUCCACCAGCGUCCUCCUCGUCUUCCCCCUCCUCUCCCCCAUCCUCCUCCUCAGCCUUCUGCCCCGCCCUCCCCUCCCGACACAUUGUGGAGCGGCAGCCGCGCAUGCUCAACUUCCGGGUGGAGUACCGCCAGCGCACUGUGGAAGUGGUUGUAGAGGAGGGCAGCGCAGUCGGUGAGGAGAUGCUCUCACCAUACACUACUCAUACUAUGGUUCCUACACGAACAUUCAACUAUGGGCCUACACAUCACAUACCCUUACUGCUUGCUUACUCUGAGACAAUGUGGGUGUUACAGAUGUGGUGUUAGACAACCCAAAAUAUUGUCAGUUCCUGGUAAAAGAAGCGAUGUUGGUCAAAUGAACCUCACAAUAAAAAUACGACACUAAGGUAUAGUGCUUUAGUCUUUAGACUUUAAUCCCUUUCUCAGAAUCUAAACACUUUUGUAACCAGUUUUGAAACAAUUUUUGUUGUGAAAAUAAUGUAGUGUUAAACGAUUAAUUAAGCAUAUGUUUGCGCCCCAAUUCUGUAAUUUGACUUUGUAUUGAAAACAACAUAUUUGAAGAUUUUGUGUAACUUGUCUUUUACUGCCAUCUAAUGUUGAACUGCCAUUGCAAUUACAUUUUGUAUUUUUUCCUUUAUUCUUUGUAGGGGAAAUCAAACAGAUUCUGGAGACGGAGCUUCAGGUCCCCGUAUCAAAAAUGCAGUUGAAAGGUUGGAAAAGUGGAGACGUAUCUGACAGUGUGAGUAUUGCCCUCAAAAUAAUUGUUUUGAUAAUGGAAUGCCUCUUCAAAUAAGCAUGUUUAAACCAUCUCUCUGCAAAAUGUUUUGCUUUAUCUUAAUUUAUUUUUCACAAUGGUGAAACAAGAGGUUUCACAAAUGUCAACAAGAGGUUUCACAAAUGGUUUCAAGAGGUUUCACAAAUGUCACCCACACCCAUCUAGUGGGGAUGGAUACAGUACCACUGUGCAUUAUUAAUUCGUCAGUCCCUGUGUCCUCAGAUGGUUCUGCAAAGUUUACACUUGCCCAAGAACAACAGCCUGUAUGUGCUGACCCCAGAUAUCUCCCCCACUGCCAGCACCAGCCAAAACAGGUAACUAACUUCACUCACUUUCACUUACUCACACAUUUUUUGUUUUCAGUCAUUUUCACUUAGUUGCUCAUUUUUUUUGUUUUCAGUCGUGUUAUCUGCAGCACAAUUAUUGUAGAAUACCCUCCCAGCAAAAGCAUUAUUGCCUCUGUAUCUUGGUAAAAUAGACACUGCCACUUUUUCUGAUAUGGAAAUAUGCAUUAGCAUUGACUGUUAGUGUUGCCCACGUUUUCAUACAUGUUGAACACUAGGUGGCACUAUACACCUAAUAAUGGUACAAUUGUUUCUGGACUACAUACCACACCAUGAGUAUUAUACCAUAGAUUUCAAUGUGAUUGGAAUAUUUACAAAGAUAUUUGACCUUUUGUGCACAGAAGGUUUCUGUCAUGUAUUUUGACAUUUAAAAUGAAAGGCUACUGCAAUACUCUCUUUGUGCAGAGUAGCUGCAGCUCAGUUGGUAGAGCAUGGCGCUUGCAACGCCAGGGUUGUGGGUUCGAUUCCCACGGGGGCCAGUAUGAAAGAUGUAUGCACUCACUAACUGUAAGUCGCUCUGGAUAAGAGCGUCUGCUAAAUGACUAAAAUGUAAAUGUAGUGUAAAUAAUGGUUUUCAGAGGUGUAUUUGUAUCAAUUUCAUAGCUUUCACAUUGUUGCUGGAAAUGUUAUUUUCCUAUACCAAUAGUAAAGCACUUUCACUUAUGUAAUAUCAAGAGACAUUUGAGAUUCAUUGAGGGGGAUCCAUUAAGCCACUCUAGAAGGUCAUUCUACCAAGCUUUAUGAAUCCAAGGAGGGUUUAGCAACCUUUCCAUCUAAAAUGUCAAACUACUCAUCAUUGAGCUAUAAUCCCAUCACAAAGGCUGGUUUUGUGUCUGAUCUAUAAUAUGCCAUUUAGCAGACGCUUUUAUCCAAAGCGACUUACAGUCAUGCGUGCAUACAUUUUUUUUUGUGUGUAUGGGUGGUCCCGGGGAUCGAACCCACUACCUUGGCGUUACAAGCGCCGUGCUCUACCAGCUGAGCUACAGAGGACCACAUUGAUCUGAUUGAUGAUCUGAUCUGAUUUCUCAUCUGUAUCAGCCAGGUAAAGUUCAUACUAAUAAGGAAAUCCCACCCCUGGUAAUAAUGCUCUCUGGUGCACCUGCUUGCCAGCAUGGCACCAAACCAAUAAGGCUUGUUAGGAUUUGGUUGAACACUUAUACAAUCUUUAUCUGAACAUACUUUAGCAACAUCAGAUUUAACCAAAUGUAGAGAGAGAACCGUGUUAAAGGCAAGGCACUAAUUGUUGAUGAGCUGUAGUGCUGUUGGAGUGUGUCCGUGGUCGGUUGUAACAGGAGGGCAUGGGUCUGUGUAAUUAUGUGUUGAUUAGGGAGGCAGUCGGGGCCCAGUGGGGUUACUGAGGAGAUAGAGACGUGGCACUGCCAUGCAUUAUGAAAAGCCAGUCCGGCUCUACACCAGUCACUGUGCACCGACGUGUGUCAGACUGGAGGACCGGUCGAAAUACAAUUGGUCUCAUGUUUCUUCCCCCUGUGUUCCUCUCAGAACACGUUGAAUCAGACACAGAGAGACUGGCAGAUACCGGCAUGGGUCAAGUAUUGCAAUGCCUUGUAUGGAUAGAGUUUUGUAAUAUCUCACAGAUAUGUAGGGGGUUGAUAUCCAGAAAGAAAGAAUGCUGCUGCUGCUGCCGUUGGCUGUGCUGCUUUGACAACCAGUAAGUAGAGGUUUGACGGUGUAGCAGGCAGCUAAUGGCCAUUUUCUGGCUAACUGUGCAAACUGCGGUCUCUUAGUGGCACAAUUUCCUAUUUUCGAAGUGUUAUCGCUAUAAUGUUCAGUGUUAGGAGCUCAUUAUCUUCCAUAAACUAUUUUGGUGGAGUUAGCGGGGGUGUUUGGCGACCCUGUAGUCAUCUUUGCUGCUGAAAGAGGAUGUCGAUCACACCGCUCAGAGGAGCAGGCCUCCUGCAGGGAGGGCAGGCAAGCCGUUAGCACAGCAGCAUUAAAAAUAACCUUAGCAGCGCAGUCACCGAGCUGCUAGUCUGCUGCUGUCAGAGAGCUGACAUCCCCACCGCUCUGCCAAACCCUGUAUUAGGCCUAAUACCUGCUGAAACGGGAGACUGACUGGGCUGACAAGGCACUACUAGCAGGGCUACCUUGGGUACUACCUUUUAUAUCACACAGGGAACAACUGAGACGUACAGUAGCCCCUUUUUAAUUGUACUGAGGAGGGUAUAUUCAAGCCUGCGUAAUUCUAACUGAAAUUAGACUUUGUGGUUGGUAGCAAGCUGAAAAGCCAAUGAAAUAAAGUAUAAGUUGGAAAUAAUAUGUAGGCCUAAAUAAAUUGUGCUUAUUAUAUGGCAUUAACACUUUUAUAUUACUGCUUAACUGUUUUAAGUUAUGGAAGGCAGUUAUAUUUGGUGGUAAUGUAUUUAUUCAGAAAUAAUCAUAUUUACUACAUGCUGGAAUAGACAUCAGUAUUUAGUACUUCACUAAUAUUUGUGUAUAUUACUAUGCCUGGAGAACUUAUGUCCAUAUUUAAUUUACUCAUUGCUUGAGUCUAAAAGAGAACAUUGUUCCUCUGAUUUAGUUCCUAUUCCUUUGUAAUAAUUGGGAGCAGUUUCUGAAAAUGGGACAUAACUUAACAAAUAAAAGACACAGUAGGCAAUUACUUCAAAGCACAUCUCUGCACACAUUAACCAAACAGACUAAUCAAAUAGUUAUCACCAGGCCCACUCAUUUGAAUCCUCUGUUUGAUAAUAAAUACAUUUGAGAUUUCAGACAAGCUCUCCCUCAAAGGUAGUUACAACGAUCUACUCCUGAGCCAAACAAACAUUUCCCGGUGUCUAUGUUGACUGAUGGUGAAUAUAGGAGGCUUUCUAGAUGGAGCUAAUCUCUUGCAUAAAUAAUGUAGGGAGAUGAAUAUUUUAAUGUGACUCAUCUAUUUCUGUUGCUUCCAGGAAGUGUGUUUAUUGAAGGUUAUUUUAAUUUGAACUCUGCAUGUGAAAUACAAAUGCAUCAUUAGACAUUUGGUAUUUAUUUGCCGCGUCCCUCCCUCUCUCCCCAGUCUGUUAACCCCUCAGAGAUACUGAUGCCUCAGAUGCUGGCUGGCCAAAAGCACAGGGAACUAUUAACAAUUAGUAUGCUGAUUUAGUCUUGAGACAAAAUGGCAGACCAAGACAUACCAGAUAAUGGGAGAUUGUGUAUUUGCCUUAAUUUGCCUUUGUAGUGGAUGUAAAAUGUGGAGGAAAGAAGGUUCUGCAUGUCUGUCUGCCUGUAGUUUUGACCUCUUUAGAUCAUAUGUCACAGAUGAGAUGGUCAGUGUGUGUAUUGUGAUGUUCUAAAGUGAAGGAAAAAGUUUGUGUGUCUGGCAUGGCUAGUUUAAUAAUGUCUGUGUGUCUGCUCUGUGCCUGGGGACCCUCAAUGAGGCAGGGAGGCUUAUCUCAAAAUGAAACCAAUCUGUUGAGACUCCUCCUCUCCUGCAAAACUGUUUAUUUUCUGUCUAUAAAUCUAAGUGACAUUUUACUUGGAGCACCUCAUGCCGUGUCAAGUACUCCUGAGAGGACGGAGCCCGGCCCGGUGUCUCCAUGUAUAGAGUGCACUGACGGCUGAAGCAAACACUGACGUAACCCUUAAGCCCUCACAGCAGGAUGGCCUGAUGGGAGUCAAGUGUAGAGAAAACAUGAGAGGAGCUGAAAGCACUUUUGUUGAGUUGGUAGUAUGACCCCAGAAGCAAAGAUAUUAAUUAUCCGCCAUAGGUUUGCAUAGAUCUUUUAUCUCAAUACGACCAACUUGCAGGAAGCCAAAUAGCUAAGUUACAGAGGAGACAAAUACCUCACAGUAUGGACCUCAUAGUCCGCUCAUGUUCAAAGUGUUUACUGUGUAAAGCCAUAAGUACCCAUUUAUUAUUAUUGCGGUCUUCACAACGGCUUAUGGUAACGCUACAACACAGCUACCCACUUUUCCCUUUCGCGGUUUAGUCUGCCAGCAACAAUCAGGACUGUGUCCAAACAAAUCAUGGCGAUAUUAGCUUGAUCCCCUGUGUGUGAGUCCCCAUUCCUCUCUCUCUCCUGCCUGCCUGUCCCUGCUAAACUCAUUAUAUAUGCAGUCCUUCCACACCACACAUUUUCAAUCUUCCCGGUUAGCUACAACAAACAUAACAUUUACAUAUUGAUUUCGUAGUUUUAGUCAAUGUAAAUAUGCCGUCAUUACAGUACAUUUGAGCUUCUGUUAACAUAAGCUCGUCCAGAUCUGCACAGAUUAAGGCAGUGCUUGCAUAAUUAAUGUGUGUGCUACAUAUUAAUUCUGACUCUCCUCUUCCUCCUCGCUUGGAUUUGAGCUCUGAUUAACUGCCUGGCUUGAACUAAGCUCCCGAUUCAUAUUCACGAACACAGACUGAGCGUUUGCUCAAACCGCUACUUAACCUCAACAUUUUAUUAUAAGUGAAGCUUCCAAAACUUGAAUCUCUCUGUGAAGCACACAAAGUAUCUCCCUGUUCUGCUGCACAUAUCCUCAGUCAUUGCCCAAAGCUGCAAGCUAGGACCCAGCACUCUCCACCUGUUUGCCCUUAAAAACCACACUGGCCCAAUGUAUAGGUUCAGAGAAAAGACCCUCUGAGAAAUCAAUACAUGCCCUUGACUUCCAGACCAGCCAUGUGUUGUGGGGAACAGGUUGUGUGUGGGAUGUCCCUGCUGUGUCCCUGUGUCCUGGCCACCCCAUGCUGGGUCAGGGAGCAGGCUAGAAGGCUGCUGGGGGCUGUUGAGCAGCACAGGGUUCCCAGCACCAGGCGAGGCCUGUCUGGACAGAGACCGAGGAGUGGGCACGAGCCCCAGGGGAAACGCAGGGAGCCACAGCACUGCAGGGAUAAGUGUCUGACAAGUCUCUGCUUGUUCUCCGCUUGACUCUGAUGUUUUCAUUUUUUAUUCCUCCCUCUCCAGCGUUCUCCAGGAGUCGUUAAAUCAGAACUUCCUGCUCAUCAUCAGCCACCGUGAAGCCCAGAGAGACUACAACCUCAACUUCCCCGGCAGUAGAACCAUACAGGAGGUGGGUCUCCCUCUGUCUCUACACAUAAUGUCCUGUCAGUACUAGAAGGGCCUCAAGAUAUGGCAUUCUACCAGUAAGAUAGUUGUAUGGUUUGAUAAUAUUACAGUUCUUAGAAAACAUAACUGCCAUCACUAAAACAUAACUGCCAUCACUGAGUAGGAACAUUUUAAAUAUUAGAAUUUACUAUACAAUUCUAAUAAACUAUAACUGCAAUCGCAAAGUUUUGCUCAGCCAUGUUGCUACAAUAGGAAUGAAUAUCAAUAUUCAUCACGAAUGCUGAAGUUUACACACAAUUGCUCAUACAGCUGUGGUGCAUUGUUUGCUUGCUGCGGCACCUCAAGAGGGUAGAUCUUAUUUUUAUUCUCCAAGAUUAUCUAUCCAUCAGGUCCACAUUGCCAGAGACUGUCUAAAUGGCUGGACGCUGUUUGAUCUGAGGACAAAUUGGCAUUUGUAGGCAACAUUGUGGGAAAUGUGUUUGUGUAGUGGGGGUGACAGUGGGGGCAGGGAACGGGCCUGCUAAUUUUCUCGAUCUGAAACCAAACACUGGAUUUGGUAGCAGAUUAAAUAUUCAUACUGGGACCACCAACUGCCUAUUUGCCCCUUUCACUUAUGACAGUCUCAGCUACAGUUUGAUUUGAGGGUUGAAGGGAGUUGGGUGGGUGGACUGCCUUGGAGUCAUCAGUGCAUCUCAGUUGCUCUCUUUUCAUCCAUUGCAGCUUUAGCCUCGAGUGUUUCCACUUCAAGUUAGCUCAGAGAACCAAAACAGUGUUCUAUUAUAAGGAUGCACCUCUUCCUCCUGUUUUUAAUAGCAUAUGCAAAUCUGAAAUGUCUCCAUUAAUUAUUAGCAGGAAGUCAGUUCCACGUUAAGUGUAACAGGCUCCCCAUGGACUGACAGUGUCACUGAAAUCCCUCUUUCUAAUGAGAUCCAUGCCGGGGUACAUGGCGUACUCAAGGAGUAGCCUCCUUUUGAAGUUUGAAUCAAAAGUUCGUUAGGAAUGUUGAGACUGCAAUGACGUCUCUGACAGUCCCAAGGCAGAGAACAAUCUGAUUAAGAAAAAGGAAGAUGAUACUCAAAUACCAAUGUAUCACCAUUGUGGUGAAGUUAUUUUCAUGUUAUUCUGCACAUGUCAAUGGCAGCAUUUCCGCUACUGGUGACUCUAGCGAUGCCAAAAUGCCAGUGAGUGGUUAUUGUUUCGGUCUCUCAUAAUUAGCCAAACUGCAGACAGACAGUAUUGUUGUGUGGCGUUGGUGCAUCAGUUAGAUUGGUUUCAUGGGUCCCAGCAUCCCCUGCUCUCAGUGCUUCCGCCUGUAUGGCGCUGGUGACCAUUACUGUAAUCAGCCUACUUGAAGGGUUUGUAAUGGUGCUAAUUGAAGAGAUUAAUACGGCAGCGGUGGAGUGGGGGCGGCCUCUCCCCUUCCUCAGGCAGAUGGUUUUGAUGAGCGCCCACUGUGAACCUUAAGUGUUUCUGCUGGGAUUACAAACACUGAGGAGGGGUCCCUGUUGUGAGGUGGGGGGGAAAGAAAGGAGGAAGAGGCUGGUAGCUUGGUGGGGGAGCUGGAAAGGGGACAAAGCGAAUUCAAACAGGCCUCCAUGUCCUCACGCAAGCUUGUCUUUAGGCAUUCUGUUGCCUCAGAGAAAAUGAGGCCAAGCACCUUUAUCCCCCUGUACAUCGAUCUGUGGUUCAGUGCUUGUUGGGCACUUAUUUACUGUUUGGUCAACGUUUAUUGCACCAAAACGUGUAGAACAUAAGGCAGAAUGCAGGUGAUGGUUAAAAAACUAGUGUGAUCGCUACAGGUAGAAAACUGCAAUUUAUAUCGUCAAGUGCCAAGCCUAAAGAACAUCAAAGGGUUUUGGAAUACUUUACAUAAAAUGACAUUCUUAAAAGUAGUGCAGGGAAUUAUGUAGUUUUGGUUGUCUAUUAAUUUACUUGCCAAGUAAAAGUUCUAACGUAAGGGAUUGUAUUGCAGUCAUGAUGGAGAUCUGAAAGACCAAAUAAGAAAGCAACAAAGAAGCAACACUAUAUUCAAAGAUGCCGGCCGCUCCCUUUUGCCCAUUCUGUCCCCAACCCGGCCACAUAUGGAGCCCACUGCAAACCAUCUUUCUCCCCCUCAUCCACUUUUGUCUUCGUUGAAGACUAGCCAAUGGUCUCUGCUUGUGCAUAUUAAUGGGGAGAGUCCUGUCCUCUUGUUUGUCUUUGCCAAAAGCUCUGGCUUUGCCUUGUGGCUCCCAGGGAACAGCUCCCCUCGCUCGCCACAGUUCGGCCUCGGGGCUUGGGCUCUGAUUGGCAUUCCCAGCCAAAAUGUGGGGGUACGCUAAGCUGGAGAGCAAAUGUUUGCCAGGAAAGUGGCGGGUAGAAUAGGGGUGGCCGAUGGGUCUGGAGUGUCCGUGACCAGACGAGUUGUCCGGGGGAUUUCUCCAGCCCCUGUCGUUUCUACUCUGCAGCUGGAGAGAUGAACGGAGGACAAAAAAGAAAGAGGGAGAGAUGGAGAGGGAGAGACUGAAAGAAAGGCAUCUGGUGCUGGAGAGCUUGUGA